ACCAAUAAAGUGCAUUGAACUGCAUGCACUGCGAAUAGGUUUGUGUCAAAUGCAUUGUAUUUCCGGGUGUUACAGGGUUGCUCACGUGAGCUGCCCGCCCACUUGCGCGCAUACCGGGUCGCAUCCCUCGGAACCUAUACUCACCUGAACCAACCGAACCAGGAAGGGGUAGCAGGGGUUUGCUAGCAGGAGUAUGAAGGCGAGACUUCUCUUGGAGACUGAGAUCCAGCAUCGGUCCAUGGCGGAGGAGGAUCCGAACGGGAAUGAGCACAGGUCGGCUGCUCGCAGCACAGCUCCCCGCUGUGGGCCGCAGCACGCUGGUGCCCUGCAGCUAGCCAGACUUCACUCUCCAGGUAAGAGACUCAGGGAGUGUGUUGUCGUGUUACUGUGUAUGAUUCUUUUUUUGUGUACUAUUCCCAUAAGUUUGUUGUGUUUUUCUUUAUCAAUGUUAUCCCUCAUCCUCUCAUCAGUCCUGGGAAUCGUGACGGCCAACUUUGCGUCUGGGCUGAUACACUGGGGGGCCGACACCUGGGGGCCUGUGGACAUCCCUGUAAUUGGCAAGGCCUUUAUCCGCCCGUUCAGGGGGCACCACAUCGAGCCCUCGGCCACCCCCCGCCACGACUUCAUCCAAACCAACGGCGACAACUGUGAGAUCCCCACACUGGCCCUGGCCCACAUGGCCUCCAAGUUCCUCACCUACACACCGGACGCCCUGGCCGCGACCUACCCCUGGGAGUGCUACGUGUUCGCCCUGGCGGUCUUCGUGACGCUGACCAAUCGGAUCCACAAGUGGAGCCACUCCUACUUCGGCCUCCCUCCAUGGGUCGCGCUGCUGCAGGACUGGCCCCUGCUGUCGCCGCGGAUACACCACCGCAUCCACCACGUCUCGCCGCAUGAGACCUACUGCCGCGUCACGACAGGCUGGUGUAACUGCCCCCUGGGUCGUCUGUCCUUCUGGAGGCGGCCGAAGCGACCGGUCCAGGGGCUGACGGGCCUCCAGCCGCCCUCAGACCACCUGGCCUGGGCUAAGAGGACCAGCUGAAACCAACCGUUUGCUCCCGCACACACACACACAAGCGCGGGCCACGUGCAAUGACAUACGCGCAUGUACGCAAAUUGCCAUUGCGUCACAAACACAAACCAAUGUAGCUGUUAUUGAGCAGAAGCCAGUGUUCACCUUUGGGCAUGUCUCUCUGCAUCAUUGCUUGUUUUUUGCUGAGGAACAAACGCCAAACAUUGAAAACGUACAGCAUGUUUUUUUUCUAUAAGAAUGUCUGCAUUCUUAAGCAAGACCUCUAUCUAUCUAAGAAUUCUAUGUCUUGCAAAGUUUCAGAAGACUAGCUUUGAAGAUUCAGCGUUUAAUGUCCAAUGCCCCAUUGCACCUAGUUGGCUCACUGGGGUUGGUUGACUAAUGAACUGAGGUGGUGAGGAGGAGGACGUGGCUUAGCAUC